UCCACGUCACGUAAAAUCACCAGUGCAGCGACUCAGGGUCGGUGUUCUCGGUUCUACAUCUGGACGGGUUGUGAGCUAGAGUACUGGGUUUGGCGGCUUAUUCAGUGCAUUGUUUGGUGUUUACUGCAAAAAAGACUGCAUACCAUCGAUGGAACCAUAGGAUUGCUUCGUCUCGAAGAUGCCAUCACACCGCAGGGACAGACCAUGGUGACCAAUAAAACAAAGUGAGGCGUUGUGGCAACUCCAGUUUUAGAGGAUCAACGUUCUUUCACUUUGCCAGUUGCAGAUCGUGCCUGAGGCCCAGCGGAGAGGGGUGGAAGGGACAUUUCUGCAGGUCACACGCUGCCAUGGGGGCCAGGGACGAGGAGGUCUGUCACAGUCCAGCCCGGCCCAAAGGCACCUCUCCCAGGACGCCCCCUGUCCUGGAGGAGGACAGCCUCCAGGUGCCCUUCCUGGAGCUGCAUGGCGAGGUCACGCAGUACGUGGGUCGGGCCGAGGACGCCGUCAUCGCCAUGUCCAGCUACCGGCUGCACAUCAGGUUCAAGGAGUCUGUGGUGAACGUGCCCCUCAUGCUGAUUGAGAGCGUGGAGGUCCGGGACCUGCUCCAGCUCCACAUCAUCUGCAAGGACUGCAAGGCCAUCAGGUGCCAGUUCUCCAGCGUGGAGCAGUGUCAGGAGUGGGCGAAGAGGCUGACGGGCGUGGUCCGGCCCCCGUCCCGCCUGGAGGACCUCUUUUCCUUCGCCUUCCACACCUGCUGCGAGGACGUCUGCGCAGGGGACAUGGAUCAGCAGGGAGACACGUGCAGGCCGGGUGACCAUGUGACCUCGCGAUUCAGAAAUGAAGUGGAGCGGAUGGGUUUUGAUACUCAGGGCGUCUGGAGGAUAUCUGAGAUCAACAGCAAUUACAGGCUGUGUUCCAGUUAUCCGCAGCUGUUGCUGGUUCCAGGCUGGAUCACCGAUGCUGAGCUGGAGAAUGUGGGGGGCUUCCGCUCCUGGAAGAGGUUUCCGACUGUUGUGUACAGGCACCAGAGCUCGGGGGCGGUGAUCGCGCGCUGUGCCCAGCCGGAGGUCAGCUGGUGGGGGUGGCGCAACGCGGACGACGAGCGCCUGGUGCAGUCCAUCGCCAAGGCCUGCGCCGCCGACCGCUGGGUGCGCAAGCACGCGGCCAACGGGACUGCCGCGCACCAGCAUGGCUACAGGAGCGCGUCGCAUGAACGGGCCAAUGGGGGUGUCCCUCCCGAACGCACCAAUGGGGGUGUCCCUCACCAGCAUGGCUACAGGAGCGCGUUGCAGGAACGGGCUAACAGGGGUGUCCCUCAUGAAUGUGCCAACAGGACUGUCCCUCCUGAACGCACCAAUGAGAGUAUCCCUCAUGAACGCGCCAACGAACGCGCCAAUGGGGGUGUCCCUCCUGAACGCACCAAUGAGAGUAUCCCUCAUGAACGCGCCAGCGAACGCGCCAAUGGGGGUGCCCCUCCCGAACGCACCAAUGGGAGUAUCCCUCAUGAACAUGCUAACAGGAUUGUCCCGCCCGAACAGGCCAAUGGGGGUGUCCCUCAUGAACGCGCCAACGAACAGGCCAAUGGGGGUGUCCCUCACGAAUGCGCCAAUAGGGGUGUCCCUCAUGAAUGCGCCAAUGGGGGUGUCCCUCAGGAAUGCGCCAAUGGGGGUGUCCUUCACGAAUGCGCCAAUGGGGGUGUCCCUCUUGAACACAGCAACGAACGCGCCAACGUGGAUCUCCCUCACGAAUGCACCAAUGGGACACACGCCAGUGGGAACUUCCCCAACGGGGCCUUCAUUGACGAGCACACCAACGGGACAUUGUCCCACCGCGAAUUCGACUCCUCCAUAAGCCGGGGAUUGGAGGGCGACCUUGUUGAUGCUCUCCCUCAGAAGCUGCUGAUCCUGGAUGCCAGGUCUUACGCGGCUGCUGUGGCCAACCGCGCCAAGGGCGGAGGCUGCGAGUGCCCAGAGUACUACCCCAACUGUGAGGUGAUGUUCAUGGGGAUGGCGAACAUUCACUCCAUUCGCAAGAGCUUCCAGGCCCUGCGCUUCCUCUGCACACAGAUGCCUGACCCUGCUAACUGGCUGUCUGCGCUGGAGAGUACCCGUUGGCUGCAGCACCUGGCCCUGCUGCUGAAGGCAGCGCUGCUGGUGGUGACCGCGGUGGACCGGGACCGCAGGCCUGUCCUGGUGCACUGCUCCGACGGCUGGGACCGCACCCCUCAGAUCGUAGCGCUGUCCAAACUUCUGCUGGACCCAUACUACCGCACCAUCGAGGGGUUCCAGGUGCUGGUGGAGACUGAGUGGUUGGACUUCGGUCACAAGUUUGGUGACCGCUGCGGUCAUGGGGAGAAAGCAGAAGACCUUAAUGAACGCUGUCCCGUGUUCCUGCAGUGGCUGGACUGUGUGCACCAGCUGCACCGCCAGUUCCCCUGCUCCUUCCAGUUCAACGAGUCCUUCCUGGUGAAGCUGGUGCAGCACACGUACUCCUGCCUGUUCGGGACGUUCCUGUGCAACAGCGGCAGGGAGCGGGACGAGGCCCGCGUGCAGGCGAGGACGUGCUCCCUGUGGUCGCUGAUGCGGCCCGCCAACCGCGCCUUCCAGAACAUUCUCUACUCUGCCCACUCCGAGGCCGUGCUGCGGCCGGUGUGUCACGUGCGGAACCUGAUGCUGUGGAGCGCGGUGUACCUGCCCAGCUCGCUGCCCACCACGCCCUCCGAUGACUCCUGCGCCCCCUACCCGUCGCCCGGCGCCAGCCCUGAGGAGGUGCACCUGGGCAGACUUCCAAAGACGAGGUCCUUUGAAAACCUGCCCAGCGAGGCGGGGGGCACCGCUGUCCCAAACCGCCGCUCCAGUGACCCCAACCUGAAGAACAAGCAGCCGGACCCCCGCCACCCCUCCCAGGAGCUCAGCGCUGGGGCGGGGCCCGACGGGGGCGGGGCCGCUGACCCUCAGGGGGCGGGGCAAAGGGGGCGUCGGCCCUCGGAGGAGAUGGAAGACGAGCGAGUGGCAGGGGAGGGCUUCGUGGAAGAGGAGGAGCUGAAAGCGGCUGCCAGUGAGGACGAGGGGGUGGGGCCUCCGGUGGAAGGGUGCGCAGAGGAGGCGGAGCUCUCUGUGGCUGUGGGCGUGGCUGAAGGACAGAUAGAAAACAUUCUACAGGAAGCGACGGAGGAGGAUGAUGAAGAGGUUACCGCUGAACCCAAGUGCCCAUCAGAGCCUUCUGUGGCUUCACCCUCUCCCUUACCAACAGCCCCGCCUUCUCCUCCACCCAUGACCCCGCCCACUUAUCUACCCUUGGAGGGUUUGGAAGGCCCCGAGUCUCAGCUGUGUGAGCGGCAGGUGGGGGAGGCAGAGCGGGCCCCAGAAACGCCAGUGGCCCCUGAGAGGCCAGGGGACCUGCACGCACUGAGCACCGACACCAUAAGGACUUUGACUAACGGGCACGCUGAAAUCGCGGAAACCAUUACAGAGGAAGGCGGGGUCAGGCCAGCGUCUGUAGAACAAUUAUCCCCCUGCAGCUCUCCUCCUCCUCCCUGCUGUGAGGCGGAGCCAGAGGAGGGGCGGGGCCUCCACAGGACUCCAGACGGCGUCAAGAGGCCGCCCCUCAGCCCUCCGCCCCACGCUCCUGUCUGUAACGGGGUCCCCCGACAGGACGGGGGCCACGGCCAGCGGAGCCCUCUGCGCCGGCAGGCCUCCCCGACCUCGCCCCCCGGGGCCCCCCCGCGCUGCCCCCAGGACGGGCUGGCCCUGCACAGCGACGCCGUCCAGCUGCGGCUGCGCCAGAUGGAGGCGGGGCAUCAGCUGCAGGUGCACACGCUCAAGCGCCAGGUCCAGGAGCUGUGGAGCCGCCUGGAGAGCCACCAUGGCAACGGUCACCCCGGCGACCAGCAGCCCUGCAGUCCAGACUCAGACGGCGGUGCUGAUCCUCCCUGUCACGCACACGCAGAGCUCUUGUCUGAGCCCAGCUGGGGACGGCUGGAGCAGCAGGACACAGAGGUGGCCCAGUGGUACCCCGACCGCCUGGCCAGCCACUGCUACGGCUGUGAGGGCCGGUUCUGGCUGGCCAACAGGAAGCACCACUGCAGAGGAAAACAGCCUGCUGAAGAAGCCUGGUGCCUGAGCGCUCGCGGUCUCUCUGGUGCCCCCUGCAGGACCUGCGGGAACGUGUUCUGCGCCAGCUGCUGCGAGCAGCGGGUCCCGGCGCCCAGCCGCGCCUGCCAGGCCUGCCGCUCCGCCCUCCCCCCCGUCGACCUGGAGCUGGAGAAGCCAAUCACGGCCAGCUCCAACUAGGACCCGCCCACUUUCGCCUUCCUGAUCGCGGCCAGUUCCGUCUGGGUCCCGCCUACCCGCUCCUCCAAUCAUGGCCAGGUUCACCUUGGUCCCGCCUACCCGCUCCUCCAAUCAUGGCCAAGUUCACCUUGGUCCCGCCUACUCGCUCCUCCAAUCGCAGCCAGCUCACCUAGGCCUGUCCCACUGGGAGAAUUAGAAUGCUGUAUGAGGUUAUGAUGUGUAGACGUGUGUACGUGAGGUGCAUUGUAUAUAUCUCAUUUUCGCAGUUUAAUGUAUAAUGGCGCGUGUGUGAGAGAGACGCUUUGAGUGGAUUUUUAAAGGCACUAAGUGGACUCACGGUGGAUUGGACAGACUGACUUCUCACGGGCUGCAGUGGGUGGGGCUAAACCGAAGGCACACCCAGGGGUGGGGUCAGACACCACUGGGCCCCGCCUCCUUUUUGGAUUUUGCUUUAAGUCUUUCAGACGGAACUUCCGAAUGCUGAACGGGGGGGGGGGGGUUUGGGUGGGGGACGUGGAGCACUUAGACUGUAAAGAAUAAAAGGCACUACUGGCCCUAACAGAGUCUGAGUGUUGGUGUCAGAUUGGUGGCUGUGUUUGUGUGUUGUAAUACGACCUGACAGACUCGUUAUGUCGGCCUCAGGCUGCACUGGCGGGGUUCGUUUUUUUUGUUUGUUUUUUUUGAGGUUUAUGACCACCCACUGAAUGUGCAGAGUGCGCCCCCCCCCCCCCCCCUUAACUACCUAGUUCAUCCUGUUGUGCAAGGCAUGUGUAUGUUUGAAUGUUUCAUAUUUAUGAUCAUAUUUCAUUUUUGGUUUUGAAACUGUUUUUAAGUCCAAAAAUGCAAGAAAUAUUUCCACAUAUUAAAUACACCUGCUGUGUACAUAUUUAAAUUCAUGAUAGAUGUAGCUGAAAUUGAAAAAAAUUUGCCAGCAAAUAAAUAAUCCUAAUGCAAACUCUAUUUGGGGUUUCGAAGCCCAAUUUGGCAACACUUGCUUCACAGAUUUGCCUUUGCAGAAUUUUCAGGGAAAAGCUCCUGAGAAUCCCACUGGUCCAGGCUCCAGAUAUGGAGGAGAGAUCUGUGAGCACUUUUCAGUAUGCUCUUUUCCGUGCGUACUUUUCAGUGUACAUUCAUACUCUGCAGGACAUCCA